AUGGAAUCGUUGAUUGCCUGCCUGCUUAUACCGGCCCGGCCCCAUUCCCAACCCAACCCCUCCCCUGUGUCAGCAUUUACACCCAUGUCUUUCCCAAUAGCCCUAUCAGUUGCUAGCUCGUGGCUGAUACUGCGCUACUUUGCUGUGCAACAGGCAGCGGGAUUCUGGGGACGAGGACGGUGGUGGCUCCGCUGUUGUUGA